UCUCCUUUCGCCACACUUCUAAAACGAUCCAAAUUCUCCUCCUUUGACCCCCGCAUCGCCCAAGUCUACACCACACACGGUGGUGACGCCCACCGGGGUAACUGGGGCUUCAAACGUCCGCUCCCAAUACGCAGACGAGGUGCCUACAUCACCGUAAAGGCCGUCGACUCCCUUGAGCAGCAGACAGAAUGGAAUUCUGCAGAGCCUCAGGCAAUGUGGAUGAAGAACUGGGAUGAACUGCAGUUUAACCCCAUGCCCGAAGAAUCGUUGGGGCUGUUACGUCGGUCGCCGCACGAGGGGACUGCUGAUAUGGCAGACUCGGAGUACGCCCCAGAGCGGACGGACCCAAUCAGUUGGCGUCCUUCUGCUAUCCCCAAUAUCCAUGCCAUGUCCAACUCAGAAUUCAAGCAGUAUGUUGCGAAUAUCCGUCGCAAACGCAUGGACUUCUUGGCGUACCAAGAGAAGAAGUUGAAGUUGGACACGCUCAAGCAAUUGUCUAAUGAAUCAUCUCAAGAGAAAAAGGCUCCUCCCAGAAAACUUCCCGUCGACCUAAGCCUUGAAGCCUUUGCUAUGUGGGAGUCCCAAAGCCUACGAGAGAAUCGUCGGUCACGUUCACUUGAAAGCGUACCGCAUCACUCUGCAGGUCUCCACUAUCCCCGUUUCACACCACUUCAAACGUAUCUCUCUACAAAGGAACACAAAGGACGAGUGGUAGAAGAGGUCAGGAACGACAGAGGAAAGGCGCUAUAUUACGUGGCGUCCUAUGCCGGUAUGGGCACCGUCGUGCAUCAGAAGAACAAGGGAGUAGGCUCUGUCAUGGCAUGGGGUGACGCGAACAAAACAGGAGCGAUGAAAUUCAGACCGGAGAAGGUAUCAUUGGACAAGGCGCCAGAGGUGGUGUACAAGAGGCAGGGGUUGAAAGCGGCGAAGAUAACGAUGGAGGCAGUCGCAAGCGACGUGCAGAGUCACUCAAAGAGCAACGUUCACAGACCCGGCUCGCUGGAGUACAUCACGGCUGAACCU